GACAAGGACCUCCCGAUUCCGUGAAAAACUGAUUUUCUGGAGCAUAUUUUGCUUUAUGUUCUGAUCUCUGUAGGAACUACUGUAUAUAGCAUGUUGCCUUUCAGAUAGCAGAAGUUAGCUUGGCAGGUUUGUCUUUAUUUUUCUCAAGCUGCUGCCCCUCCCCUGAAGUCUUCAGGCACCUCCCAGGGGACGUCCGCCUCACACUUUGAAAAGAAGAUGUCAGUCCUCAUGAGUCUCUUAUUAAUGGAAGUGUGCUGAUAGUUCACCAGCUCCAACAGGGGAAGCACCAGUAUGAAGUGGAAAAUGUUGUCCAGUACCAAAAAUCAAGUGGACCCAAACAAAUGAUGAGGCGAGGAGACAAACUAGUGCAGAUAAAUGGAACCGACCUGCAGGAUUUCACCCCCAAGGAGUUGGCUCAGGCCAUAGCAGAGGGUCGUCCAAUGUUGACGGUGCACAAGCCAGGCAAUGCAGGUAAAAAAGAGCACAAUGAUCAGCUGUGCUCAAUGGAGGAUGUCCUUCAACCUGUCUCCAAGGAGUGCACUCUGCUACACUUCAGCAUGGAGAUGUUGAGAGAGGAAGACCUGCAGGAGCGCGAGAGCGGGUCAAGGGAUGAUGGAGAAGAUAAUGACAUAUUCCCCGUUAAAGAUGAGGAGAACACGCAAGACAGCGACCUUCUUGUUGUUACCAUGACCAAAACUAGAAUCAACGUGAUAAGAGGGAGGGGCUGUGAUGCUGGGAGCGCCUGCUGUGGAUGUCAUGGGACGGGAUGUAGCUUCAAUGACAUUGUGAUGGUGUCAGAUUCCAGCACUGUGACGCUUGUUUCAAGAGGAGGGGGAACUUUCAAACACCUAAAGUCACUGGACACUCCAAUUGAACACGUGGCCUCCAACAAAUAUCUUCGCGGCAUUUGUUCACAGAAGACUCUUUAUGCUUCACCUCAUCCAGAGAAAAUGACUAUCUACUACUACAAGUCCACUUGUUUGAUGCAGCAUUUCCCAGUGGUGUUGAACUUCACUGGCUCUGACUGCUUCCUUAGGUGCUCCAAGAGAGGAGAGCAGGUGCUCCUGCAAGUGGAGACAUGUGAUAAGCAGAGACUGAGAAGCAUUUCCAUGAACGACGAGACCACCCUUUCAUACGUCUUCUACAUGAAAAGUGACCACACAAACCAGCGGAAGUUUGAAUCAGCCCUCUACCGUGGCUGGUAUAUCCAAAUAGCCACAUCAGAUUCUACGGAUUCCGUGAAAAUGGCAGAGCUGCAAGAGCGGCGAGAAUCUCAGCCAUUCCUCUUCAUCAUUCAAACAUAGAAUGAAUGCACCAUAUUUGAAUUCUUGGCAUAGGAAAAACGAAUCAUUUCAGGAACAAACUGACAACGUAAGUUAAUGACGGUAAGUAAAAUGUUAAAAGAUCAUAUAAGUGCAAAAAGAAGCUGACCACUGUUAAGAGUGAAGUAACGUGUGUGCUGACAUUACUAUUCGUGCUACGAGUGCAAGUCUGCUAACUUCAUGUCAUUUUUAUUUUUACAUUCUUCACCUUUGAGUUCUUUUGCGUACAUGCUGUAUGUUCCUAAAAAUGGCGGUCAAAUUGCAGAUGUAGGUGUUGGCUGCUUUAGGUGUUUGAUCAUAAAAUACAAGCGCACGGUAAUUAUUAAUAACUUUAGAAAAAAUCUCAUUUGAGCAGAGUAAGUAAAAUAUGUACCUGAGUGCGUUGCUUAAUUCUUUGUGUUUUAAAACUGGCAAAAGUAUGAAGAUUUACAAAAUGUUUUUUUGCGUAUGGACCAUGUGAUCAGCUAUCCAGAACUUCACAAAAGAGUUGGAGAAGUGUAAUUUGACAGACAACGUUUAUUGUACAGGUAAUGAAAAACAACAACUGACUGCAUGUAAAAAUACAUGUUAUUAAGGAACAAUGCUUAAAUGACAUUUAUUAUUAUUAUAUUGUUAUUAAAUUCAAUGUUAACAUUGUUUCCCUGAAUGUCUCACAUAUGAGGUAUGACUUCUUGAUUGUAAACUAAGUGUAUGCUAAGAAUACCUACGUUGUACAAUAAACACACUUGCACAUGAUUGUGCUCCUUGGAAAGAACUAUUUUUUUUUAAAUUUACAAACACUGAGAAAAACAGAUUUGUACAUACAGUAUA